AUGCAGAUCUUCGUGAAGACAUUAACUGGCAAGACUAUCACGCUCGAUGUGGAGCCGUCGGACUCGAUCGACAACGUGAAGUCUAAGAUUCAGGACAAGGAGGGCAUCCCGCCUGACCAGCAGCGCCUCAUCUUUGCCGGCAAGCAGCUUGAGGACGGUCGUACUCUGAGCGACUACAACAUCCAGAAGGAGUCUACACUCCACCUGGUACUUCGCCUACGUGGUGGUAUGCAGAUCUUUGUGAAGACGCUGACGGGUAAGACCAUCACGCUCGAUGUGGAGCCGUCGGACUCGAUCGACAACGUGAAGCAGAAGAUUCAGGACAAGGAGGGCAUCCCGCCUGACCAGCAGCGCCUCAUCUUUGCCGGCAAGCAGCUUGAGGACGGUCGUACUCUGAGCGACUACAACAUCCAGAAGGAGUCUACACUCCACCUGGUACUUCGCCUACGUGGUGGUAUGCAGAUCUUUGUGAAGACGCUGACGGGUAAGACCAUCACGCUCGAUGUGGAGCCGACGGUCGUACUCUGA